AUGUCGGGCCAAUUUAAUCCUGGCACCAUUGGUCCAUCACACGAUCUAUCACUAUCACGUAUCUGGCAGACUCUGAAUACGCGUCACACCAUCCAAUUGCACUCGGUGGAUAGUGUGCAACUCCAGUAA